CAACUGACUUAGUUAGUAAUGUUGUUGUGAACCAUACUAAGAUCAGAAUAAAAAAUAUCUUAUUUUGUCCCUCUACUGUACGGAUAAGCAAGACAAACCCCGGGCCCAGGGGUUGGUGUACCCGAACAUGUGUCCCUCUGUCGUCAAUACUCAGGACUAAAGUAACAAACACAACAAAGAUCAGCUGACACUCGUGCGACGCAGUAAAGAAAACGAAGGGAAAUUUCUUUUAUUUCGAGUUUUUCGAGGCCAAAUGUAUCAUAGACACCAUACGAUGAGGAUUUAGUGAAUAGCAGGCGAUGGUGCGCAUUUCUUCGUCUGGUGCACACUGCCUUGUCUUUCUUGGCAUGAUGUGGCAGUACACAGCCAAUCAUCUCCAAUCGAUGACAGUCACCAGUGUCUGUCUAUAAGCAACAUGGAAUCGGGUUGCUCUUCUCACUUCCACAAAAAACGUCAAAUUACAUGGUAUAAUAGAGACUGGUCAUGUCAUCAGCCAUGUCUGGUGAAAGUGGGCGUGGUUCUCGACCAUCAGUGGGUCAGCAGGUUCGUCCUGAGCCUGUGGUAGAGAAAACGUUUGUAGAGAAUGUUGCAGGUUUUAUCAAUGAGGUGGCUCCACAGACCUACAGCAACCCAUCACACUAUGAAGGCAAAGAAACCAUCUUAUGGGUGCGAUUUGAUUACUGUGACAUUAAUGACUUGGCACGAUUUCGAGAUAAGAUAGAAGUUAAUGGCAAUUCCCCACCCCUUCUGCUCAUUAUAGGAUAUGGAUGUGGAGUACAGGCUUGGGUGAUACCAGUCAAUGGAGAAGCUAUGGAGGUACUGUCAUGGCGCCAAGGAGCUGUGCGAACUCUCAAGGUCCUCCCCACCCCAGCCACCUCUGCUAGUACUGUUGAUCACUACUCUCUUAAGCGGCCAAUUAUUGCACUCUGUGAUACUGCUGGACCAGGCCCUCAGUUCUGUUCAGUUUCUUUCAUUUCUCUGAAAACUGGUGAACAGGUAAAGACUAUAAAGUUCAAACAUCCAGUGUAUGAUAUUCAUGCAAAUAAGAAUGUUGUCGUUAUUGCGUUUCCGGAGAAAUUGGCCGUCUUUGAUGCUGCCACUCUGGAAGACACCUUUACUGUCACUACCUGUUACCCAUGUCCAGGACCCAGUGUAAAUCCAAUAGCUUUAGGUGACCGUUGGUUGGCUUAUGCCGACCGGCGCCUAGUUCCUCUUCACCAGUCAUGUGGUGGGAUGGUCCCUGAGGGAUCUACAUCAUACAAAGCAACUGUCUUUCAUGCUGCCAAGUCCCUUACUAAGGGUCUGAAAGAACUGAGUGAGAGUGUUGCCUCCAAUCUUAUGGGUCAGCGGGUAGGGUCACCUGCCCAGCAAACUCCACCAACAAACCUUCCAACACCAGGCAUAGUGACCAUUAUUGAUACUCAGAUGGUGGGUACUGGUGAGAUAAGUCUAAUGAGUAGUGGUACAACAAGUGGUAUUGUGGCUCACUUCUGUGCCCAUCAUGGAGCUCCCAUUGUGGCUCUUAGCUUUGACCCAACAGGAAUGUUGCUCCUGACUGCUGACAAACAGGGUCAUAACUUCCACCUCUUCCGCCUACAACCACAUCCUCUUUCUGCUGCACAAUCUGCUAUCCAUCACCUGUACACCCUUCACCGAGGAGACACCACAGCAAAGGUUACUGACAUAUCCUUUUCACUUGACUCUCGUUGGGUUGCUGUCUCAACUCAUCGAGGAACAACGCACGUUUUUCCAAUCACACCAUAUGGAGGAAGUAUAGGAGUUCGCACACAUACAUCAAACUGUGUUGUAAACAGGUUGAGUCGUUUUCAUCGAAGUGCUGGCCUUGACGACACUCCUUCAUCAGGACGCAACUCACCAGUGCUUUCAGCUUCACCCAGUUCCUCAAAAUUUGUUUUUGAAGUAAGCCCAAACCUGGCAUAUCCUAACCCUCGAUAUCCACCAUAUCCAUCGCCGACGAUCAUAAAGCCUCUAGUACAGCUUAGACAGCCUUUACUACAAAAUCUCAUUGGUACUAUGGGCACAGGACCUUCCCCAAGCCGGAGCCCUCCUAGUAGUAAGUCUCCAAGAUCUCCAAGUGGUGACGACAUUAUCAAGGUGGCUUCAUUAUUUGGAAGUCCCCGCGGCUGGCUCGCUGGGUCCCCUACUGUGCCACGAGAUAAGCAAAGAAGAACUAUGGAUUCACUUUUUGUCAUGGCAUACCACGGCAACCUCUUAGAGUACCAUCUUGAGCCUCAUCCUGCUGCUGGCAUUCCCCAGGACAAGGUCACAGAAGACUCACCCAUUGAAUUAGAGGUUCAUGCAAGUGCUCAGUGGGCAUUGGUUCGAGAAUCAACAAGUGGGGAACUGAGGCCACCAUUGGAUAUGACCUCCCCACUCCUAGCGCCCUUGUCACCCACUCGACCACGCUCACUCUCUCCUGCUCACUCAUUUGACCAUGAUGAUCCAGAGGAACGAUGGAUGGCCCAGUAUCGGAUGAUGAAAAGUCAUUGUUCCCAGGUGGAGAUUCACACACAUGCAGGGCCUCAUCGACGACUGUGGAUGGGUCCACAGUUCACCUUCAAAUCAAUUCCUGGUGUGGGAGUUGGUUAUGGUGGUGGGGGUAGCCAGGGAGGUUAUGAGGGAACACCAAUCUCUGGUUCCUCAAUGGAUCGUCCUCCCAGGUCUUCACCAGUCAACAUGCCAGGCACAGGUGGUGCCAAUGUCCCAGUCCUGAUUGAAGCUGGUUCACUUACUGGCAGCCAUGAUCAAUCACCAAGACUGAUGGAGAGAUACAGUGGUGAUUCUGACAGCUUUGAUCCUGAGACUAUGAUGACACAACUGAGACAUGACCUUGCAGAUGCCAUGCUGGAUACCCAACAUGCUGGUCACCGCGGUGAUACUGGAGGCAAGAACAUCCCUCCAUUAUACCGCCGACUUUGCUCACUCCAGAGCCUUGGUCCACAACUGUUAGGCACCAUCGUGCUUGGUGAGGAUGGUGCCAUGACAUCGCACGGAGAAACCAGCCAUGACUCAGCUUUAGACAUGACUGAUGUGAUGGACAUCAGCUGUGAUCCCCCAGGGCCAUCCUCAGGACGAGCUCUGUCAUCUACAGCCUCUCCCUCUGUUUCGCGAAUCUCAUCACGGCCAUCUUCGCAUGUAGGUGAAGAGAUCCAGGCUGUUACACCUCGCCUGCAUCAGGUGGCUGUGACUCACCCAGAUUUAGUAAGAGCUUCUCCUUAUAUUCAGAGAACCCCAAGCUUAGAAGACAACCGGGCACUGACUUCAUCAGCUGAAGAGCUGUCCUCAACUCUGGGCUCUGGCUUUAGAGUGGCAGAGCUGGCUGACUCGGUAUGGGUCCCAAUUGACCGACCCGAGAUAAAAUCUAGCAGCCACAGUCCUGAAUUUGUCCAGAUUGAUAAGCCUGAAGUUGUGUCUGUCAAAGCAGAGAGGGAGUCCUCAAUGUCACCAAGAGAAACAAGAUUUACAGGUUCUAAAGUUUCAACAAGUACAAGAAUAACAGUGCCAAAUAGCGGAGAAGGAUCAUCUGUCAGGCAGUUGAUGACAUCACCUACAAGAUCAGUAUCAUCAGACAAAGAAGUAAUCAAGACAGCAGAAACUACUAUAACGUUAAGAAGUAGAAUGGGGACAACAGGAAAGGAGAGUUUGACACCUUCAAAGAAUCCAAACAACAUAACCUGUGAUGCUAGAAUAUCUCCCGAGGCUUCAACAAAUGUAUCAAGGAGACUUGUUGGAUCUAGUGACAAACCAGAUUAUUUAAGAUGUGUGACUGACUCUUCAGCUACAGAAACUCAAGAUAGUUACUGCAAAGAAAUAACAGUUGAAGAUGAUAAGAAGUUUGAAAUAGCUAGUAAAUCAAAUGUCUGGGUAAAACACACAGCAAAGAGAACAUCUCCUAAGAGUUAUGUGAGUGAGGAGGCUGCUGUACCUCAAGAGGAUAUGUAUCCUCCUUUGGGAAAGUCAGUAUCUGUAUCAGCAGCUGCAGCAGACACUGAGCAUAGUGAGACAUGUUGGGGAUCUAGAAAUAAAACAAAGAAACCACCUUCCACCACUACAUCUGAAGAUGAUCUUUGGCUGGCAACAGAAAAUAAAAAAGAAAAAAAGAAAAAAAAGAAGAAUAAAAUACUACCUCAGGAGAAUGAACCUCAGCUAAAGGUUGAUAUGACUCACAUGUCUGAAUCACAAAAUAUCUUGAUUGAUAUUUCAGAAUCAAGUGAUCGUGGUCGUGGAAGAGUAAAGUCAAAGCAAGAUGAUGAUGUGUUGCCCAGUAAAGAACCAGAGACACAGGCUGCCCCUCUAGAUAUUGAUAUAGAUGUAGAUUACUUUCAUACAGCUGAAGAAUAUCAUGAACCACCCGUAGAAAGAUUUGAUGAUGAUUUGGAGGACUUUCAGAGAGACUGUUUCCUGGAGCCCCAGGUUGAAGAUUUCCAAGAAGCUCAAGAGUCAGCCAUACAGACUUUAGAGGACUUUGAAUUACAAGCAGAUGAAGAGGAUAGGGAAGUGAGUAGUCAUGAGCCAGGAGAAGCAAUGCUCAGAUCCUUGCAUGAUGAUAAUGACCUUGCUAGAGCGCUUGAAGAAGCUUACUCCUCUGACGAUAAUGUUCCUGUUCGAACCAAAACACAAACUCGCACACAUUCACGAUCAAGGCCAUGUAGAGCAUCAGAAAUGUUUCCAUUCAAAGAUGAAACAUCCGAUGAUGAAGAGGAGGUUCGAUUGAGGCGACGUAUAAUUGUUUCAGCGACUGUCACUACAUCAGCCAGUCGGUCGUCUGCGACUGAGGAAACAAGCACAGAUGACCGUGGAGAAACAAGUGGAGAUGACCGUGGAGAAUCAAGUGCUGAUGACAGGAAAACGGCAACAAGUGAAAGUGAUGUGGGAGCUAGUCCAAACCCACGAACAAAUUCAUCUUCCAAGAGUAAGAAAAAGAAAAAGAAAAAGCGAUAAAUUUGUAGUGGUUAAAUUAUUGAAGGAAUUAAGAAUGUAAAUUGAUGAUUUUUUGUGAGCAGGAGAUUGUGUUGAAUGAUAUAUUUUACCAUAAGUGCAGUAGUUAAUUAGGAAGUGAAAAAUGAAUGUGAAAAAGACAAUUCAUCCUGUACAGUGAAUAAGUAUUGGACAUUACAUAUUAUGAUGAACUAGGAAUAUAAAGAUACUGUAAAAGCAAAUUAGAAGACCUUUCAAUUAAUACAGUAUAAUCAUGGAUUUUUAAGUUAUUUUAAAUAAUGUUUAUAAUUUGCAGAUUAUGAUAUACAGUACUGUAUACUAAAGCCACCGAAGAUGGUUGAUUUAUAUAAUUUUUAUUAAUGUUGAAAAACUACAAGGAAAAAUGGUUUAAAACAUUGAAGAUGAUAGUUUCACUGUCUGGAAAAUGAAGAUCAACAGGAAGAUUGUAUUUCUUAUGGAGAAAAAGGAAAGACAAAAUAAUUGAAAAAAAAUAAUUAUCAACAUACUUUAUAGGUAAAGUAUAGUGUAAUUCAUUUCUAAAUAAGUUAAAUUUGAGGACAGCUGAGAUGUACUGUAUAAGGAAUCUUUUAAGAGAUUAUUUCAUAUCAUGAUUUUUUUUUUUUAGGAUAUUAUGAAGGAGUAAAGAUAUAGUUUCUCAGAAGGAUCAACAGACAUUUUAGUAAUAAAAACUAUAACAUUAGAUUCCAUCAAUGAAUGUACUAUUUAAUUCACAAGCUUUGUUACAUUACCACCUAGUUAACUAAGUGGUUAGUUUGUCAGUGUACUGUACCAUUCUUCUGGCUCACACUCAGUCCCAGGGUUUCCUGUGAGAGUCUUAGUGGGGGUGCAACAUCCCAACCCAUGUGACUCUUGACUGCACUGAUCAGCCACAAGGUAGCCUUACUAGCCUACAGGGCCCUCCUCCAUGUGAAGGGGAGUUAUUAUGUUUGCUAUUGAGAAACAGGCGAUUAUAUAUUUACAUACUGUACUACUGAGAUACAAGUGAUUAUAUAAUAACAAACUGAACUGACAAUAGAUGAUGUCUUUUAAGAAUUUUUUUUUAUAUGCACCUGCACCAGAGUACAGAGUACCUUAUGAUGGCAUUUGUUAUUCACCCAGAUUGGUUGUCUUCUUAUUACAAAGUAUAAAAUACUGUAUUUGUAAAAUACAAAACUAACACUCAUUAUUUUCAUCGAUGUUGUCCUAGACGCUCUUAAGGCUAAUACCCUCAUGUACUUUGAUCUACAAUGAAAAUCACAUAAUAAUAAAUGGUGUUUACUGUCAGUGUAGAACAUAAAGAUUAUGUGCAGUGAUGGAUUAAGCUUAAUAGGGGCCUGAGGCACAGAUCAAUUUGGGGCCCCCUUCCCUCAUGGUAUAUAUAUAUAUAUAGUAAGAACAAAAUAUACCAAAAUUUAUCAAUGAUUUUAUCAAUAUUAAG